AAAUUCAAUAAGCCCUAGCAGGUUUUUUGUUGCUGUCUAUGUCACUGCUCUUCCUCAGAAGAGCUAAGCCGUUAUUUGUAUCUUGUGCACGUUCUCAUCACCACCCUAGCUUCUUAUCUCCGGCGUUUACGAAUCAGCUACUGCGUUCGUUUCACGGUUCCAGAAUCAUGUCCGAAUCAGAGAAGAAGAUCCUUACAGAGGAGGAGCUUGAGCGGAAGAAGAAGAAGGAAGAGAAGAAUAAAGAAAAGGAGUUGAAGAAGCAAAAAGCUUUGGAGAAAGCGAAGCUGGCAGAACUGAAGGCAAAACAGGCCAAAGAUGGAACCAAUGUCCCUAAAAAGAGUGCAAAGAAGAGUUCCAAACGGGAUGCGUCAGAAGAGAAUCCUGAGGAUUUUGUGGACCCUGUAACUCCUCUUGGUGAGAGGAAAAAGCUUUCUUCACAGAUGGCCAAACAAUACAGUCCUGCUGCCGUAGAGAAAUCAUGGUAUGCUUGGUGGGAAAAAUCUGACCUUUUUAAGGCGGAUAAUAAGAGUUCCAAGCCAUCCUUUGUUAUGGUUCUUCCUCCUCCAAAUGUGACUGGAGCCUUGCAUAUUGGCCAUGCAUUAACAACUGCAAUUGAGGAUACAAUUAUUCGUUGGAAGAGAAUGUCUGGGUAUAAUGCUUUGUGGGUACCCGGGGUUGACCAUGCUGGUAUAGCUACACAGGUUGUGGUUGAGAAGAAUAUCAUGCGUGAAAGAGGAAUGAAUAGGCAUGACGUUGGCCGUGAAGAGUUCAUUAAGGAAGUGUGGAAGUGGAAGAACCAGUCCGGCGGUACAAUUCUAAACCAACUACGCUGCCUAGGAGCUUCUCUCGAUUGGUCUCGUGAGUGUUUUACGCUGGAUGAGCAAAGAUCAAAAGCUGUCAAUGAGGCCUUUGUACGGUUAUAUAAGGAAGGGCUUAUCUAUAGGGAUAUUCGGCUUGUUAAUUGGGAUUGUGUUUUGAGGACAGCCAUAUCUGAUGUUGAGGUUGAGUAUAUCGACAUCAAAGAAAGAACACUACUAAAAGUUCCUGGCUAUGAGAAGCCAGUUGAGUUCGGUCUUCUUACUUCGUUUGCUUACCCUCUGGAGGGAGGCUUGGGCGAGGUUGUUGUUGCCACUACCAGGGUGGAAACGAUGCUUGGGGAUACUGCUAUUGCUGUUCAUCCUGAUGAUGCAAGAUACAAGCAUCUUCAUGGGAAAUUUGCUGUGCACCCAUUUAAUGGACGGAAGUUACCAAUUAUCUGUGAUGGAAUACUUGUUGAUCCAAAUUUUGGUACUGGUUGUGUUAAGAUUACUCCUGCCCAUGACCCCAAUGAUUGUGAGGUUGGAAAGCGCCACAAGCUGGAAUUUAUAAACAUAUUCACUGAUGAUGGAAAAAUCAACACAAAUGGCGGGUCUGACUUCACAGGGAUGCCACGCUUUGCAGCUCGUGAGGCAGUUGUUGAAGCUCUGCAGAAGCAUGGGCUGUACAGAGGUGCCAAAAACAAUGAAAUGAGGCUUGGACUUUGCUCAAGAACCAGUGAUGUUAUCGAACCUAUGAUAAAGCCUCAGUGGUAUGUUAAUUGCAGCAUGAUUGGAAAGGAGGCUCUUGAUGUUGCCAUCACUGAUGAAAACAAGAAGCUCGAGUUCAUACCAAAGCAGUACACAGCAGAAUGGAGAAGAUGGUUAGAGAACAUCCGUGACUGGUGUAUUUCGAGACAGCUUUGGUGGGGGCACAGAAUACCAGCAUGGUAUGCCACUCUAGAGGGAGAUCAGCUCAAGGAAGUUGGUGCGUACAAUGACCAUUGGGUUGUUGCUAGAACCGAAGAAGAAGCUCGAAAAGAGGCUACUCAGAAAUUUGCUGGGAAGAAGUUUGAACUCACUCAAGAUCCUGAUGUACUUGAUACAUGGUUUUCUUCUGGGCUCGCUCCAUUAUCUUUUCUGGGAUGGCCAGAUGAAUCUGACGACUUCAAAGCCUUCUAUCCAACUUCCGUUCUUGAAACUGGACAUGAUAUUCUCUUUUUUUGGGUUGCUCGUAUGGUUAUGAUGGGAAUGAAAUUAGGUAGUGAGGUUCCAUUCAGCAAGGUUUAUUUGCAUCCUAUGAUACGUGAUGCUCAUGGGCGUAAGAUGUCGAAAUCUCUUGGAAACGUCAUUGAUCCGCUUGAAGUAAUAAACGGAGUAACUCUUGAAGGUCUGCAUAAGAGAUUAGAAGAAGGUAACUUGGAUCCAAGAGAGCUGGUUGUUGCCAAAGAAGGACAAGUGAAGGACUUUCCAAAUGGUAUCCCUGAAUGUGGCACUGACGCUCUUCGGUUUGCGCUUGUCUCUUACACUGCUCAGGGUGACAACCCAAUGUUUGCUUCAGAGAGGGCUCAUGCACAACAUGCUCUCUGGAUAAGUCUGGAGACUGGCUUGAGACUUCUUCACCCACUUAUGCCUUUUGUUACUGAAGAGCUAUGGCAACGGCUUCCCUCACCCAAAGACACUGAAAGAAAGGCGUCUAUAAUGAUAUGUGACUACCCAACUGCUAUAGAGAAUUGGACAAAUGAGAAAGUGGAGAGUGAAAUGGAAACCGUUCUCGCGACUGUGAAAUGCAUGAGGGCACUCAGAGCAGGGUUGCUGGAGAAACAGAAAAAUGAAAGGUUACCUGCUUUUGCUCUGUGUGAAAACAACUUAACAUCUGAAAUGGUAAAAUCUCACGAGUUGGAGAUCAGAACCCUUGCAAAUUUAUCAUCCUUAGAGGUAAAAAUCUAUCUUCAGUUUCUUUCUUACUCUAUUGUUUCGUUACCUGCUUUUGCUCUGUGUGAAAACAACUUAACAUCUGAAAUGGUAAAAUCUCACGAGUUGGAGAUCAGAACCCUUGCAAAUUUAUCAUCCUUAGAGGUUUUUAUAAAGGGAGAACACGCAGCCCCACCUGGAUCUUCCGUUGAGACGAUAAACGAGAACCUCAAAGUGUAUCUAAAAGUGGAUGGAGCGAUUAACACAGAAGCUGAAAAAGAAAAAAUCAGAAACAAGCUUGGUGAGCUACAAAAACAAAAGGACAAGUUGCAGAAGAUGAUGAGUGUGUCUACUUAUGAAGAGAAGGUCCCGGCAAAUAUAAGAGAAGACAACGCGAACAAGCUUGCUAAGAUUCUCCAAGAGUUUGAUUUCUUUGAGAAGGAAAGUGCCCGUCUUGCAGAAACAAGCAAUUCAGAAAAUCAGCAAAUGGAACAGAAGAAGUGAGAGACAAAGUCACAGUUUCUGUCUAAGGACAAAUGAUGUUAUUGUGAACUAGUUUUGAGUUUUGAAUAUAUUUUCAUUACAUCUCUCUGAGAGAAACACUGUUAAUUAGUUUUGAACAGAUCAUUUGCAAACACGAUUUGUUUGUUCAACGUGAACAUGAAUUGAAGUUCUUCUUUGUUUA